AUGGCGACAGCGGAAGAGAUUGCCCAGCGCGAUGCGGAAGAUAGCAUCGAACAGGUGAUCAGUCGAUACACUACAGAUCUGCAGUCAGGGUUGACUACAGCAUCCGCCGAGCACAAAUUGAAGGAAGACGGCUUGAACGAGCUCUACAAACCUCCCAAGCCGACCUUGCUGAUGCUCUUCAUCAUGCAGCUCCUGGGUUUCAUCAUCAUCCUUUUGAUCAUCGCAGCAGUGGCCUCCAUGACAGUGAACGCCACAGGAUCAAAGAGAGACGACCCGCUCUCCUACACCACAGGCAUUGCAAUCUUCGUCAUUGUGAUUUUAAAUGCAGGCAUUGCGGCGUGGACUGAACAUAAGGCUGGAGACGCCUUAGAAGCAUUGUCCAAAAUGACGCAGGCCGCCAUCUAUGUGAUCAGAGACGGGAAGGAAGUUCAGAUCACCACCAACACGGUGGUCCGCGGCGACAUCGUCGUCUUGGGCACUGGUGAUGUGGUCCCAGCGGACAUGCGCUUGGCAGAGGCGGAAGAUCUAAAGGUGAGUGAGAUGGCGUUGACAGGAGAGCCAGACGAUGUCUCGAAGACCUGGAAGUUGAAGCCCAAAAAAGAGGGUGAGCCGGAGAAAUUGACGCCCGAAGUUUGCGUCUUCAGCGGCUGCAACGUGACGAACGGCAAGGGUCGUGGUGUCGUCACCGCCACCGGCAUGGGCACGCGCAUUGGGCGCAUCGCGCAGCUCAUUGCAGGGGAGGAAGGGCCCAAAAAGAAGUGCUAUUGUCUGCCGGAUACCUCGGCCAAUCAGACGCCUCUGCAAAGGAAUUUGGAGCAGCUGGGUGCUAAGAUCGGUAUCUUAGCCAUCGUGGUCUGUGUUUUGGUCUUCAUCAUUGGAGUAGUUUUAGACCGAAAGGAUUUGGACAACUUGGAUUCGCCAUCCGCACUUUACAUGGUCCUGAUUGCAGUGACCCUUGCGGUGGCAGCGAUUCCCGAGGGCAUCCCACUGUGUGUGACCAUCUCGUUAUCCAUCGGAUGCAGCGACAUGGUGAACCAGCACGUGUUGGUUCGAAAGCUGGCGGCAGUGGAGACUUUGGGUUCCGCCUCGGUGAUUUGCAGCGACAAAACAGGGACCUUGACGGAGGGCAAGAUGACGAUGGUGAACAUGUGGGCGGCGGGCGUCAGCUACGAUGUGGCCGGGAAGGGUUUUGAUCCCACCGUCGGCAAGAUCACCAAGUGCGAUGGAGGUGCAGAUGCCACGAGAGACAUGGCGGUGCGAUCCACAUUGCUCUCGGGCAUUUUGUGCUGCAACACCACCUUGGAAAAGGUGAAAGAUCCCGACACCGGUGAGGAGAAGUGGGAGCCACGCGGCAACAGCUCAGAGGCACCGAUCGUGGUGGCCGCCCGGAAGGUGGGACACAGCGAGAAAGUGUCUGAAGAGUACCCUCGCAUCAUCGAGAUUCCAUUCUCUUCUUCUCGAAAGAUGAUGCUCACCGUCUCGGACGUCGGUGGCCGCAGCAACCUCUGCGAGGACGGCAUGCCGCUGCCGACAGGCACCAAAUACAUGGCGGUUUGUAAGGGUGCACCCAACUUCAUUGUGGACUUGUGCGAGGAACGAAUGAUGCCAGAUGGAAGCGUGUCGAAGAUGACAGAUGCGGCCAAAGCAGAGGUCUUGAAGGUCGUCGAUGAAUACAGUAUGAAGGCCCUGCGUGUCUUGGCGGUGGCUGUACGACCCAUGAAGGAACUUCCCUUCGAUACUCACGACGACGAGAUCUCCACGGAUCAGAAGUUUUCGGCCCUGCGACAGGACCUGCGACUGCUGGGCCUCGUCGCCUCCAUCGAUCCAGACCGCGAUGGAGUCAAGGAUUCCGUGUUGGCAGCACGUGGCGCUGGCAUUCGCGUGGUGAUGAUUACAGGGGACUACCUGAAAACGGCCAUCGCCAUCGCCAAGAAUGUGCAGAUUCUGCAGCCACAGGACGAUGAGGCCACGGCCGCAGUGGAUUGCAACAGCCUCCGGCCUGGAGGUGAAUCCUGCGAAAAGAUCCCUUUUUUUGGUUGCCGUCCUCGCCUGCGGGUCUACGGAUGCUUCAGCACCCACGGCACACAGAAAAAGCCCUGGCUUUGGGCUCAGUUGGCGCUGGAGAAUGUCUCUUCCGAGUUCGAGGAGCCCUACGAGAGCAUGGGCGGGGAGUCUUUGGCGAAGGCUGGUUUCAUGGCGGCCCUGCAGCAUCAGAUGCGGAAGCUGGACAGUGGUGCAGAGGAGCAGAAGGCGAAGGCCAAGAAAGCCAUACUGAAGGCCGAUGGCGUCCCAACCUUGACGCUGGUUGCGAAGCAUGGGAAAGGAAGAGUGAAGGAGGCUGCAGACGAGGCCUUGAAACUCCUUUCUCAGGAUAGCACCCGGCCUCACCCGAUUCUAGAAGAGAACAAGGUGGUAGAUCCAGAAGGAGACAUCCCCAGUGGCAAAGGCACACGUGUGGCCAUGUUUUCUGCCAGAUUUGAUGGGGGCCCAAUAGAACAGAAAUUCCGGAAAGUCUUCCAAAUUCUUUGUGACCAUCACUACGACAUCCUGAUGGUUGCGGCAGAUGCAGGCGAGAGCUUUGGAGAUCUGACCACCGAAUAUCUGGGGCGGCUGCAUGAAGAAAAGGGCACCAUGCUGGCUGUGUGCACCAAGCAAUAUGGCGAGAUGACUGCGUCAGCAUAUUCCUCCCACAAGGAACUCAAGUUUGCCCUGGACUACGAGAACCAUCUGAGCGUUUUGCCGCUGAGGGUGGAUGACACCUAUCCACCAGAGCCUCCAGGUGGGCCUGACCACAAGUACGACAAAAAGAAUUUGGCUCGGAAAUACAUUCUCAGUGUCUUCAAGCCGUGCGUCGUCUUCUUGGACUGCCGGGAGAAAUCGGAGAGGGACAUCGCUGCUGAAAUUGCCAAGAGCCUCCAGAAGCGCAAAGUGGCUAAGGCCCACGAUGGCGAUACCUCGGCUUUUCUGGCAAAAGUUCACCAAGGUCAGUACCUGGAGCAUCGAGAGAUGGACCGCAUGACCAGCACGGUGCGGGUCUUCGCGCGUGCCAAGCCGGAAGACAAGCUCGAGAUCGUGAAGUCCAUCCAGCGCAUGGGUCAAGUCGCGGCCAUGACGGGUGACGGCGUGAACGAUGCCCCAGCCUUGAACCAGGCGAACAUCGGAGUGGCCAUGGGCAUCCAGGGCACAGAAGUGGCCAAGGGAGCUUCCGACAUGAUCUUGACGGAUGACAACUUCUGCGGGGCACCCUGGGGGAGCCGAGGUCUGCCAAGUUUCAAAGGACAUGGUUUUGAUGUGUGCCCUCCACAAUUGCCUAAGCCAGAACCGCCGACAAAAAGUGCCCUCAACCAAACAAAGGUGAUUCGACAUUGCAUGGCCAUCAGUCUUGCAACAUGCAAUGUGAGUUCCCUGUACGCAGGCAACGGCCAUGAAGACCACCAGGCAGUUGGUGUCCAGCUUCAAUGGGUCCAAGAUCGACAGCAAAAACAGGGCAAGAAGAAGCAGUAUUUGUCAGCUGAAAUAUGGGACUACCGGAUCGCCAAACUCCAUUUGCGAAGACGCUUGCAGAAUGCCCGACGCCAAGCCAGCUUGGACUCCAUCCGACUCGUCUUCUGGGCAUGGAAAAAUCAGGAACUGCCGAGCCUUGCUGAACUUGAAAUGGCGUACAGACGUGUGCCAUUCGGCAAAGCAGUGGGGAACGAUGGUAUCCCACCGGAAGUCUGUCAUGUGAAGGCACGCGAUCUGGCCAGAUUGACGUAUGCUAUCCUGAUCAAAGUUUUUGUCUAUGGACAAGAAGCAAUUGAGCAUAAAGGUGGCCGGUUAGCUGUCGCGUGGAAACAUCGUGGAGAUGUGCGCGACUCGUAUGCUGACGUAGUGUUCGGCCUACUAUGGGCCCAAUUGCUCCGGCGUUACGAAGAACAGCUUGUUGCCCAUGAUGUACUGGAAGUGAUUCCAGUUCACGAUUUGCCCAGCCUUGGUGACCAAGUCGAUGUGCCCCAUGAGAAGGUCCCUUUCAUAGGGCCAACUUGGAUGGACGACUUGAACGUUUGCAUUGCCGCAGACUCCAACCUUGGCCUUGAACGCAAAGCAGGGCUGGCAAUGAGCUUGUUGCUUGACCAAUGCCGUGAAAUGCACAUGGAACCCAAUUUACGCAAAGGAAAAACUGAGAUCAUGUUCACAUUUAGGGGCAGCAACUCCAGAGAGUUCAGAAGGAAAUAUUUUUCCGGUGCACAAGGCCUGACUGUCGUGGGUGAACAUGACACGGUGCAAGUUUCCGUUGUGAGCAGAUAUUUGCACUUGGGGGGUAUUCUUCAUCACCGUGACAUUGACCGUGUUGAAGUGUCCCGCAGAUUAGCUAUUGCCCACCAAGCUUUCACUGCACACCGAAGGAUCCUUUAUCACAAUUGCAAAAUCCAAUGGAAAAAGCGCCGUGAAAUCUUUGUGACCUUGAUUCUCAGCAAAUUAGUAUACGGUUUGGAAUCAUGGACGCUGAAGUCCCAAAAAGUGAAAAUGCAAUUCCAUAGUGGUGUGAUGAGCUUGUACAGAAGGUUGUUGAAAUUGCCUCAUGACAUGCACAUCACGGAUCUUCACCUUUUGGCACGUGCAGGAUUGCCAUCCCCUGGCGAAUUGCUCCGGAGUAGUCGGUUGAGGUAUUUUGGCACAUUGCACCGAUGCGGACGUGCGGCCAAUUGGGGAGUCAUUGCUGAAGACCAUGACUGGAUUGCACUCAUUCAAGAUGACAUCCAAUGGCUCUGGUCCCAGGUUUCAAACACCACGGAUUUGAAGGACCCUGUGGACCAUUAUCCAGUCUGGAAAGACCUGCUCACAUUCCACAGCUCAUAUUGGAAGAAAUUGGUCCGAAGAGGCAUCGCCCAUGCCAUCGCGCAGAGAGACAAUUACGUGAUUGCGCUUGAUUUCCACUGUAGCAUUGGUAGCAUUCUGCAUGAUCACGAUUGGGUCGCUGAGUUGCCUGCUGAUGACACUCGAACAGUUCCCAGCGAGGCAUAUGGAUGCAUGUGUUGCCAAAAAAGAUUUCUCACCCAUGCUGGCGAAAGUGUCCACAUGUUCAAAAAACAUGGGCGUGUAGCGCCAGCAAGAUCCCUAUUUGAUGAAACGCACUGUCCAGCAUGCCUCCGUGAAUAUCACACAAGGGCGAAGGUAUUGGCACAUCUUCGUCACGCUGACCGUUGUCGUCGCGCACUAAUCGGUCAGCGCAUGCAAUGUGCCAUUGUACCUGGCACUGGGUCAUCGAUCGACCGUGAACUGGAGAAUAGCAUGGAUGGUGCAUUGCCUUUUCAACAAGCCUUUGGUCCCCAGCGUCCAAAUGUGAGACAGGCAGACUUCGACCAACACAACAUCCGUUUACUGGAAGAUCUGUAUCUUGCUCUUCUAGAAGUCACAUCCACCGAUGACUUGGAGCAGGUCAUCAGGACAGAGAUCGGCAAACACCCUGUUGGCUGGACAGUUUGUCGUUUGACUUUGCUGCAUUUUCUUGAGAUUUUCACCGAGCAAGAUGCAGAGGUCUUAGCAUUUUCCUUUGACGCAGUUCGCCGUUGCAUUGAGAUCCUCGCAAGAGAUGAUGCGUGGCCUUUUUUGCAAAUGCAAUGUGUCAGAGAGGGCAGUAGUGUGAACCAAGAUAUCAGUGUAUGGGAAGCAUGGUUUGCAGAAUUUGCAUGCGAGCCCCCUGCAUCAUGGAAGCUCCUACAGCCAUUGCCAAGAUCGUUGAGCAAGCAGAAGAUCAUCCUUCAUGCUUAUGCCGGGAGGAGACGACGCGGUGACAUUGAAUGGUAUGUUGAUGCAAUGGCCGCUCGUUAUCCAAGCCAUGUCAUUCAUGUGGCCUCGGUUGACAUCGUGAUUGAUGCCACAUUCGGCGACAUUUCCAGAGAACAGACAAGAUCUUAUUGGAUUGGUCAUAUUUUGCAAGGACACGUUAUAGGAUUUCUGGCGGGCCCGCCGUGCAAUACGUGGAGCCGAGCACGACACCAUGUGAUUGCCGGCGUCAGAGGACCAAGAGUUGUCAGAACCCCUCAGGAGCCGUGGGGAAAGGAAUCCUUGAGCUUGACCGAGCUCCAACAUGUGAGCAUCGGGAACCUAUUGCUUGGAUUUGCGCUUGCUUGCCUCACCGCCUUAGCCAUGAGAUCCGGCACGGGACUUGUUGAGCACCCCAAAGACCCCGAGAAAGAUGAGAUGUUGAGUAUUUGGCGGCUGCCGGUUUUGCGUGCGAUUUUGCAGCUCCCAAAUGUUCGCCUUGUCCACUUGGCCCAGGGGUUAUUCGGCGCGCCUUCAGCAAAGCCGACGACGCUGAUGGUGCUCGGCAUGUCCACACUGGAAAGGUUCUUGCAUGCGAACAGAGUGACACGGGAGAUUCCGACCGGUGCCUCUGUGGGUAAGGAUCAGAAUGGCCAAUUCAAGACAUCCCCGCUGAAGGAAUAUCCUCCAGCUCUUUGCAAGGCAAUAGCCGAAGCACUGUGCAUGGACAUUGUCAGCACGAAGUGCGACGAAUCAGAAGUGCCUGCUGAUUUGGUCGAACGUUGUAAAGCUAUGACCUGUCAGUUUUUUGGCACUUACAUAGGCGAAAGCCGCAAGUCCAAGAAGGAGCUGACCGCCGCCACCGACCGCGGCGCUGCUUUGGCGGCACCCGCGGUGCAGCCGUCGUUGCCCUCGGAGGAGGAGGAGAAACGUCUCCCUGCCACCGGUGAUGCCAAGGCAGACGUGGGAGAUGAGAGCUCUGCAGUGGGCCAACAGAUCUUGAACUUCCUUCUGGGCCUCAAGACGUUGAAACGAGAUGGCGCGGAGAGUCGACAAGAGCUGGAGCAAGCCUUGUACGCGAAAAGAUUCGAGCUGCUCUUCCCCGAGGAGAAGGCUCGGCAAGACACUCCUACCGCGUUGGCGAACAGGGCUCCAUUACCUCAAUUCCAUGCCUUGCCGCAACAGCAGCUUUUGAAGGAGUUCUUAAUGUCCGGGAAGUUGCUUGGGGGUCAUCAGUCUGUCGCGCACGUGCUGUACCCCGAAGCAGUGCAUUGGCCACAGCAGUUGGGCGGUGCGGACGAGGACGAGGGCAAGCGGGACUUGGGCACCACAGGAGGCUCCGAUGGUUUGGAGCUGCGGCCCAGCACGGCGCCACGGCGCCAGUCGGCCGAGAUGGUGGAGCCGGAAGAGGAUGCAGGCAGCGAUGAGGAAGAGAAAGUUGAGGUCGUGCUUUGUGGAAAGCGGGUGCAAAGUACUGUGCGUGGCCGCGCGCUAAAGGAUGUCUUGGUCGAUCGGGCGGUGGCGAAGAGUCCCAAGGGCGUGCAGCCCUUGCCGGAGGCGCGCUUUCGUGCUGCGCAAGAAAGCCGGAAACACCUGGAGAGGCAAGUGAAGAUGGAGGAGUACCAAGAGAGACGCAUUGCGGAGCGCAUCCAGGCACUGGAGCUUGCUCUCGACGAUGAGAUCUACCACCAGCAGGAGCUUCGCAAGCGUCAAAAACGACGCGAGAUCAGACAACAGGAGCUGAAGAAGGAUUUGGAGAAGCAAAUCGCUCAAAAGAUUGAAGCCGAACAAGUUCAGCAAGAAGAAGACAAGAGACAAAAAGAUUUGGAGAAGAAGGAGAAGGAGAAGCUCCAGCGCUACUACAAGGCCCAAAAGGAAAAGGUCGAGCAGUGGCAAGCUGAAAUGAGCAGCGAUGACUUCUUUCAAGACCCCAUGGAACGUGCGAGAAAGAAGCGCUUGGCCCAGCAGAAGGAAGCGCUGCUGAAUGCUCUGGCGGAGGAGGAGCGGAGGAACGAACAUCCACCUCUAAAGCGAUUGGAGGUGGAAGCAAAGCUCCAAGAACAGGAGGAUUGUCUGGAACAACGACCCUUUAUGGCGCCGAAAGCUCAUGAUCAACCGCGACCCAUCUUGCAAAUGAUUGCCGACAGCAAGGCCAAAGCUAAGCCCAAAGCCUCCCCGAGCCGCGGGGCGUGGCGAAAGGAAGCCCAAGGUGUCUCAAAGCGCUACGGUCUUUCCGCAGAACACCUGCGGACCAUCGAAGCUCAAUUGCAGCGCACCGCCAGUUCCAUUGUCUCGGCGGUGGAGAAGGGGCGCGCCAUCUACUCGGGCAUCCAGAAGUUUGUGGCCUUCAUCAUGUCCGUCCACAUCGCUGAGGUGAUGCAGAUCUUCGUGUGCAUUGUGGCAGGCAUCCCUGUGAUGAGGACCCCUCUGCAGAUCCUGUUCUUAAUCCUGGUGACGGACCUGCCGCCCUCCAUCGCCUUGGGCAUGGAGCCUGGCGAGCCUGGCAUCCUGAAGCUGCGCCCUCGACCCAAGACAGAGCCCAUUGUCUUGGGAUGGAUGUGGUUUUCCAUGAUUCUCAACGGUGCGGUGCUCUCACUGGUCAUUAUCGGAGUCUACAUUGCCGCAUUGGUGUACUACUGUGGUGAAAUCUUGCAGGCAGAGAUCGCAACGAUCGAGGAUUCCACCCUGCAAUUGUCCAAGGCCAGAACUGUGACCUUCAUUUCCUUGGUUUGGUCAGAGAACGUCCGAAGCUACAUUGCAAGAUCCUUUGACAAACCCUUCUACGUCAACUUGUGCGGCAACCGAAUGAUGCAGUAUGCCAUCGUCUUGGCUCAGAUCGCCUUGUACUCUGCAGUCUUCAUCCCUUUCCUCUCGGACAAGAUCUUGGUUCUUCGCGGGAAAGACAUUGGAGGAGAAGGCUGGGCUCUCGCUGUGAUCGGACCCUGCGGCACCUUGAUCCUUUGCGAACUCAGCAAGGUGAUUACUCACUACCAGAUGAAGAGUUACCAGAGAUGGCUGGCGAAGAAGGAAGCUGAGAAUGCGGCCAAGUUGGAAGCCGAAAUGGCUAGCCCCAAAAAGGUGGUGGAGGCAGAAAGCAGUUCCAAGGAAGCCAAAGAACCCUUGGCGUCCAGCGUGGACAAGAUCGAGAAGGUGGAACGGCCUCCAGCUGUGCGCCUCUGA